UGAAAGGGCAGCAGAGGAUCGCGGCAUUUGAUCAGAUUUUGCUCAGGCUCUCCUUCCCUUCAUUUUAUAACAGCUACAGCAAGUCCUGCUGCAAACUCUAUCCGGGAGGAUGUUACAAGCUGCUGGACAGUGCAGGGUUCACCUGCGAGUUACUGAAAGGAAGACUUACCAAAACUGAGAUGGAUGGCUGGAUUGAAUUUAAAAUAUCAAAUGUGCGAUUUGGGGAUGGAGGCUUUUACAGAUGUGGGGUGCUGGGAACCCAAAACCACAUCUACAUAGACUACUAUGUGGAGGUGCUUGAAGCUUCACAUCAUCACAGCCAGUCUCAGCCUCCAGUCACAGCAACCAUCAAAGCCCUCAACGCUUCCACAGCACUCCCAGACUCCACUGGGGCUGCCCUGACUCAGGACCACAGCGACAUCAGCGGAGUUCCAUGGAGUUUAGGUCUGCCUCUAGCUAUCAGCGUGUCCAUAGCAGUGAUGAUCUUCAUCGCUUCAGUUAUUGGGGUUUUUUGCUGCAGAGUCAAGGCGAAAUAUAAACAGUCGGACGAAUAUGGGGAAACUCGGUGUGAGUCAGUGAAACCAGAAGCCCCGGAAAUGAGCGGCAUCGUCUACUCAACCGUGGACUUCAGAGCGCACCAGAAACCUGAUGAAGUGUACGCAAACCUGAGCGUCCACAAAACACGAGCAGAGGCCCCCGACUCAGAGCAUGCUGGCAUGGUGGAGUACUCCACACUAGCAAUCCCAUAUUGAAUUUCAGAUUUGAAUAUACUUUUUGAUUUUUCUUUUUAAAGGGUUUUUAACUUUCAGUUUACUUUGUAAAGUUUCUUAAACAGCAUUUACCAAUGCAACAAAAAGCUGCAGUUAGUUGCAUUAUGGAAAUGUAGGAUCUAUCAUAUGCUGGCUUCAGCUGUACUGAUUUAUUUUUUGUUUGUUUGUUUGCUUGUGUUCCAAUCUUUAUGGAAGUUUGUAAAAAUUAUUGUUGCCAUGAAAAAUCGAAUUAUAAUGACAUUAAAGGAAUAGUGAAAGUGA